GACUUUCAAUUAUUUAAGGUUUUUCGAAUAGGCCAAUCGAUAGUUUCAGUUGCAUUUCUCGCACUAUUUCGCACUGUUCGAAAACUGUGUCCGUGUGUUCAUUUAGUGCGGAUAGUAUUUAACGCACUUAUGGAGUAUCUUGAAAAAAAGCCGUAGUAGCCUAUAGCAAGAUUCGUUCACCCCAGAUGGAUGCCUUAUUUAUCAAUCGAUACAUAUUGCAAGCUACAUAAUCGGUGGUUACAGAGCCUCUGCUAUGUUAGUCGAUGUAGAAACAUUUUCUUCGAACUGUCAACCGAUCAGUUUGUGAUCAAUAUAGGUAAUAUAGAUAAAAAAAUGUGGGAAGUUUUGUGUGUAUGGCUGUGUGUUUUCAUAUUGUGAGCGGAGCAGCUUGCUGGCGGACACCACCCACUGUAGUUGUAGUAUGGAAAGCAUGCUAGUCUUUAGCACCAUUAGAGCGCAGUCAUAGCAAGAUCUAUAACAUGACAAGGGUAUGUCUCGGGCUAUCCAUCCAAAAGACGAGACAUUAUCUGCUGAACACAGAAUGGCUUAGACAACGUAUGCAUAUAUGCAUACAGGGUGAACCCAUUCGAUCGGAUAAUACAUAGACGUGUUUCGUCACUUGGCGACCAAGGUCGCCUCCGUCGCCGAGCGUGUGAUCUGAAAACGGUGCUCACUUGCCCACUUACAUGGUAUAUCUUAUUCUACUAUGAUGAGUAGGGUUAUACAGACAGACAUAGUCAGGACGACUCUGUUGUUUACGCGCUUUGUCACUGUAUCAGUGUUGUGCGAUAGUGGUCGUAGUAAUGAUAGAAAAGUGGCUACGAUAAUGAUUAUCACAGCAAUCAUCAGGGUGUAGACGUAUGUUAGUGAAGCCAAUCCAGUCUGGAGCUGACGCAGAGUCUCUGAUCAGCGAUAACCGAUGAUUAAAUGAGCCGUGCUUACAAUAAAACAUCUAGUAGACCCAACCUCGCAGUGAAUAGAAACCGAACCAAAAAAAUAAAGGAAUUUUGUGCGCGUAUAAACGAUGCGUGUAACGCUGUUUUCAUGUCCGGUUGGCCAGCGUAAUUAACAAAUUUAUACAAAAACCGAAUUCGAGAACCAGAAAUGGGGAUGUCGUCCGUGUUGCUUUUUGUGCAUUUCAUUAUUGAAGCUUCCUUGCGUAAUUAGAAUACACCACGUAUACAAAAGAAGGGAAAAGAUCGCCGCAGGCAAAAUAAUGCGGCAACUCUUAUGCUUGAUAGUUGACAUGGACCCCUCACCUCUAAACCGUUAGUGUCGAUGCUCCCUGCACUCGCCAAUGCUCUCAAAGCCUUGAAGCCUGCAUUCAUCAGUAUAAGCAACAGUAAAUUUCAUGAUUAAUUAUAGUUUACGGUGGCAGUACUGAUGCAAUUACGAAAAUGAGCAAUAACAACGAUGCAAAUGCGGAAGCCAACGACAACAACAACGAGGUCCAAGGGCGCGAGAACCUCGAAAAUCAGCCGCCCCAACAACUGCAACAUCACAAUCACAAUAACAUUCAGCAGUUACCGCAGCCGGCUCAUGGCCAUCCUCUCGACCACGAUCCAUUGAAUAAUCAAAACAAUCCACCAGAAUGGGCCGCUUUUCCUGACCUACUUCGAGUUCAGGAGCCGCAACAAAAUGGAGGCGGCGGGGUUGUUGUGGCUGGUGAUAUAGUUGUAGGUGGCCCUGGACUUAUGGGUAACCCGUUAGUCCUUCAGCGUGCUGGCGUUGCCAAUCCACCCGACGUGAGCCUACCCGGAGCCGCCGGCCGAGAUCCACCUCCUCCUGACUUUGACAUUGAUCGAAUGGGAGCACUGCAUAACCAACGGUUGCCUGAUAUGGCACUAGAUGCAGACCAAGCCCAAGGCCAGGCAGCUGCAGCAGCGCAGCACAGCUUACCCGAUAUGGCUCUUGACGCUUCGGGCGCUCACGCGGGGGCACACGCAAGAGCUUCCGGUAGCCACUGCGGGGGAGCGCGUCUUAGGCCACGGAGAUCACCAGGUAGUCACGACCUUCGAAUAGAACCUCGAGGUUCCCCUAUGGGGAUGAACACAAAUCAGCAACAUUUGCCAGGGUCGUUAGCCCGAAUGGCGCAAGCAGUAGCGAUAAGUGGAGGAGUUGAAACAGUGGAUAACAAUGGCGUGCUCAUAGGGCCAAUUGCAGCUGGAAAUCAAACAUAUCCUGUUGACAUAUUGACGAACCGUCUAAUGGAUCUUGAAGCCCAAGUAGCGAAUCUUCAUCAACAGAUGUUAGAACGGGACAGGCAUAGGGUGGAACAAAGCGCGAGGGUUCUCGAUGAACUUACUGCUCUUAGGAGAUCCGUAGAAGCAUCUAAUUAUGCCGGUAGAGAGCGUGACCACGCAUCUCUGGAAAAUCGUCUUAUUAAUAUGGAAUCACUUAUACAGAGGCUAGCACAAGGGCCGCCCGUAGCUCUUGGGCCCCAACAGCAAGCUGUGCCUGAGGAUGUUUUAGCAACAUUAAGGUCGGAGGAGCGGCGAAGACAGCGCCGCGAAACUGAGCGACUUGCGCGCACUUUAGCGGCUUCUCUACACGUCGCUGUAGAGCAUUUUAUCGAUAUGCUGAAUCAAGAAGACGACGAUAAUGGCAGACGUCAUGAAGAUGACAGCCGCUAAUUUUUUUAUGAAUAAUAUGUAGGUCAUUUUAUGAACACUACCAAAAAUACUUGUUCUGUGCUCCCGCAUGGGUAUCUAGACAGCAACAAUAACAACAACAACAACAAAAACAACAAUAAUAACCAACGUUUCUGUGCAUUAUUUUCUUGUUGGUGCUUUGCCCUCUAGCAAAGUCGAUAAAAAGACAUUCGACGCAGCGAAAUAGUAUAUAGCCACACACUAAAACGUUCUAUUCGUUGUAAGAAAGGGACUCUAGUCUUGCAUUGUAGAAUACAAUACGAUAUUGCUGUACUAUAGAUGACAUAUCUGCAGGUAUCUUCAAUAGUGCCUGACCUGAGCUCGGCCUCAGUGAUGUUUAGUUCUGUAUCUACGCAGCUCUACAGGCAUUUUCUAUACGAAGCUAUUAAAGCAAUGAAAAACAAUAGAAAGUAUGUUAAGGCGUUUACUACUGAUUAACAUUAAAUAGACCAUCAAUAUACUUACACACAUUUUAUAAGUACGUCCCGAUGGAUGCGUCCAAUCAGGGCAACCUAAGAGCACAUAGUUUGUCAAUACUGCUACACAAAGCCUAUGCAGAAGGAAGUUGAGAUAGACAAGAAGGCCAUUCGAUGUUCCGAUCAUGUAAUAAUUAUUAGUUGAGAAUUUGCAGAUAAUGGUUUAUACAAGAGGUACAGUUAAGUAUAGAUUUAUCUCUGUGUAUGCGUGUGUGUGCGUGUCUGGGUAUCAUGUACAAAGCGGUGAGUAAAAUCGAAAAUAACAAAAGUGAUCAACCGGUGUACGAAGUGUAGACGCGAGCACGUACUGGACGUAGCUAGUCUACCUAGGAAUUAUAGUUGUGUUGUGAAAAUAAUUUCUAUUACAUUUUUUCGUUUUGUAUUAAGCAUUACUUUAAUAUUUUUAUAAUUGAAAUGAUUGUAACUGCUUAAAGUUGGUUACUUGGUUAAUGCGCCACCUAUAUUUUCCGCCUUGUAAUAUUUAAUGGUAUUGGAUUAUCAUACGGCACCUUCUAUGAUAUUUAGACGUGAUUCUAUCAGAAGAUUUUACCUUCGCCACAGAAAGGAGAUCAAGGCAGGGGGCUGUUGCUCAUGAUUUCAGUUCUACUUUUGCCCACAUAAAUGCGGCACGAAUGUAAAAAAUUGAUGCAUCGUCAACCGAAAUGAUGGUGCAUUUGUUGUUCACUCAGAUUUAAAAUUGUGGACUGCAUAAUGGCAUAGAAGUGCAUUGUGCGGAAAUAAGGAAUCAUCAAAGUGUUCUUAAUAAGUGCACCUAUUUGGCGGUUACACAUGGUGUUCAUUACCUGAAGUGUACUAAAUUAGACAAAAAUUUUAAAUAAUUGCUUACCUGUCUGUCCUUAAUCAGUGUAAAAAUAUUAUUAUAAGCAAAAAUUGAACUAAGGAACGACGUAUUUCCUUCGUCAUCCAUGUUCAAUGUCAUUAAAACCAAUCACUAAGAAAUGAUUAGAAAAAAAAUACUUUUCCUGUAUAUAAUUAAGAAUAGAACAUCGCAUUCCAAGCCGAGAUCGGUUUAAUGAAAUACGUGAUAACGUGCAGUUCCAGAAGCACCUGAAUUAACAUAAUAAUCGUAUUUUAUAUUAGGUAAUUGCUGUUUGGUCGUGAUAUAAGUGUAUAUUUGAAUCCUAAUAAUUCAGAAAUUACGUUUCUUUGCCCUUCAGAGCUUAUACAUUGAUAUGGUUAGACUAAGGAAAGAAAGGCGCCUGUUAGAAAUUGUGAACAGAGUAAUUGUGCCAGACUUGGCCUGGAAAUAGGAAAUUGUUGCUUUUCUAAAUUGCUCAUAAGUUGACAGGAAAGCCUAAUGUAUAAAAUAAAAUAGAUUGGAACUAAUUAAAUGUAGGAAAAUAAAUGAAAAUUUGUUAUGUAUUUCUCUAACAUAAGUUCACAUGGAGUUGGGUUUUUGGCUGCGUUUUUAGUAGAAAGCUUAGGCUCAAUAUUUGGCAUAUUAAAACUGUGUCGGAGAAGCGGACAGAGCAAUUCCGGAUAUGUGAGAACUUUGUACCGAACGAAUUACUUCAGCAGAGUCACAGUACCGGAGCAAUACUGAGAAGAAGCCUAAAAGGUAAAAAAGCGAUGCAAUUACAAAAAAAAAUCGUGGUUGGUGAAGUCAUAUUCUGUUAUGGAUACUGUUACAUGUUAAAUAUUGGUCUCUAUAUUUUUCCGAUCGUAUGGCUCUGUUGCGAGAUUCGGUAUGCAUAAAUUAGACUCAAGAUAUACCAUACAAUAACAGGUGUUUCAAGCUUUAUCUUAUGCACUACCAAUGCUAUGCUAUUUUUCUUCAUUGUAGUAAUAGCUAAAUGCUCUAAUAUUGGACUGUAACUAAAAUACUAAGUACAUGCUACCAGUUACAGAAAAUAUUUUUCACUUAGUAAGCGGACUACUUAAACAGUUCUCGACGGUUCUAACCGUUGAAAAUAGCUUGUUCCUAAUUGAACAUGGAUUGUAUUUCUGGCGCUUGGUAUUUUAGAGAGUUAUUCUGCCGGCUGAAAGGAUUUUUAUGUGCUAUUUAUAAUAUCUUACGUACAUGUUAUCCUCACUAAGAAGUUUUACAACUUUAACUUGUUGUUGUUAAAGAAAAAGCGAUAGAACACGCGUACCUGGGAAGCCGCCUCAUGCAAAUACCUUAUUAUUUCGAUCUAUAUCAUUUAUUAACGAAAGUCCAAUUGCGCUUUGUUUCUAGUGAGGCAGUUUGAAAUGAGAUUUCGUUCAGUUAUAAAUAAAGCGGAAAUUAAUUUUGUCAUCUCGGUGGAUUCUACAGAUCCCUUUAUGGAAGCAUCAGGCCGGUGCUUUUUUUCCAACUGUAAAUUUUGUGUUAUUUCUGAUUGAUUCAAUGUUAAUAUCUAAACAACUAAUUUCUAGAGGGUUUACCUUACUAACAGUAUAUUAUCCAUCUUAUUAUUAGGCAAAGAAUAUAAUGUAUAUCGAUUUUUUUGCAA